UAAGAGGAUCGUGGCGCGCCGAGGACCCUAGAGACGCGCUGAGAUUCAGAAGAGAAGAGACACAGCAGAGGAGUAAAAACCAUGACUGCUUCGUCCAUGGCGCACAACGUGGAGAGACAUCCCAGUGCCAAAGAGGAGAGAAAGCUGAGAAAGCCGCUAAUUGAGAGGAAACGACGGGAAAGGAUAAAUAAUUGUUUGGAUCAGCUGAAAGAAACUGUGAUCGGGGCGUUCAGGCUUGAUCAAUCCAAACUGGAGAAAGCUGAUAUUCUAGAGAUGACAGUGAAACAUCUGCAGAACAUCCAGAAUAAUAAACUCAGCGACCCCACAUUAGGCCUGGAGGCCCAGCAGAGAUACAGCACAGGCUACAUCCAGUGUAUGCACGAGGUCCACAACAUGCUCCUCACCUGCGACUGGAUGGACAAAACUCUGGGCUCUCGUCUGCUCAACCACCUCCUCAAGUCCCUGCCCAGGUCGACCGACGAGCGUCCCCUCACCCAGCCCGCACCCAGACACAACGUCCCCCCUCCACAGGGUGUCCCAGGAACGCCCCUCAGAGGAGACCCUCUGGGUGGGAGGCAGCUCCACAGAGUGGGGCCCGUCUGCCAUGUGGCUGGACGUCAGGAGAGGCCGACACUCCACAGCUCCCACUUGGGGAUGCUGGAGAUGUGGAGGCCCUGGUGAACGGCUGGAUUAAUUGUCUCAGUUGUCCGUUUUGUUAGACCAUCCUCUGUUAUGUAUCUUAUAGAUAUGCUGCUCAGAAGACAAACAUGUGGGGCGGUUGUGUUCCAGUGAUUAUUAUUGUAGGUGUGCUAUGAUUCUAUACAGACCUUUUCUCAGUACUUCCCUUCAGAAGUCAACUUCUUGUAGCCUGCAUUAUAGAAGGCUCUUAUUAAUCUUUCAUGUAUUUAUUGUAUUAACAGCUUUAUUUAUUUGUUAUUAUAAAGCAUGACUUUGCUUCUUAGACCACUUGCUUGGCCUUGCAUAGAUUUCUAUGUCUUCCUACUUUGCUGUAUAAUUAACCUAAACAUUAAUAAUAAUAAAAACCUAUUGUACACUCA